ACGGCUAAAAAAAGCUAGAAGUCAGAGCUGUAAACCCACAGCCAGUACAUAAAAAAAGCAAUAUGUCAAAAUAAAAUUAAAAAAAUGCAAAUAAUUUAAUUUUAGGUGUUGUGUAAAAUUUAAAACGAGGAAUAAUGGUUUCGAAUCCAAAUAAGUAUUUAACUAAAGACAUUAUAGAUAAGCCAACACCCUUAGAAGUGUGGCUUCAAGGCACCAUUGAACAGACAGUUGGCAACGACAUCCUGAUAGUAUCAGACACUUUUGGAAGAGUAAAAGUAGUAAAAUGUGAAUCAGCGGGCGGUUUAGUGGAUAAAAAUUCUUUACGUAAAGGUACAUAUUGCUGUAUACUAGGGACGGCAGUGAAAACUAAAGGGUUGCCAGAAGUUCAGGCAACUAAAAUAAUUGAUUUAAAUUUGCAGCCCCAAAUGAAAAGUGCCUGGGAAAGUGAAGUCAAGGAAGCUCAAUUAGUGUUAGAAGGAAAGCUGCUACCGGAUACAAGAUGACAUAGCUCUCAGAUUUGUUUAGGUAGCUGAAUUCUAUAAGAGAAGAAGAAGAAGAAGAACUAUUGUAAUUUAGGGACCAAGUAGUGGCAUCAGGUUUCACUUUGGUUUGUUAUUAUGUACAGUUUUAGCAGACUCAGAAGUGAAUUACAAAAACAAGAAAACUAAUGUUGAACGAAGAUUAUGAUUCACAACAUUUGUCAGGACAACUUAAUUAACAAAUCAAACUAUAACCAAAAUAAGACCCUAGAAUGGCUGAGAAUGACCUCGAGUGAAGUCAUGCACUUGUGAACGUUGUGUGUACAGUUAAAGGGCCCUUUGACUGUUAACAAAAACUUCCUUUUCCACUCAAGUCACUCCCUCCGCCUAUCCCAAGCAACCCAAAAAGAACCACUCAACAAGAAAUGUGGAUGGCUCGAACUCCACAAGCACACUGAAGCCUAUUGUACGACUAGUGCCUUAUAUCGCAAGUUGUUCCUUCCAACUGAUUGGUACCCCUCUCUAACGCCCCACUCUUUAUGGAAACAAGUUGCGCCACCUGACGUCACAUUUUACAAUUUCUUACAAACAGACAUAUUAAUAUAUAUUUUUCAGAAGUUACUGAUCUAUACAGCUAAGUACAUAGUACAGAGAGAUGCGUCAAAUAACUAUAUGUUUCUAAUAAGUAAAUUUCAUGCCAAUUUUUAGAAAAUUAUCAAAAUAUUUCUAUUUGCUAGGUGAAAUAUGGAUAUUGGAUAAUAAAAAACAAAUAUUUUUGUAAAAAA